UUUGCAGCUAUUACCGUGACCUCACAUUACUGGGUAGGAACCCAAAAUCAUAUCUCCUGUAAAGAAAAAAAGCAGAGGCUCGACUGCUAUACAGAAAUUAUUUUCCUCUUCACUAAACGUUUCCCUUUAGGGUAAAAAUUCCUGUUUAAUUUUGCCUCCUACCCUUUUUUGUUACCUUCCCAAAUCAAAACACUUCAUAAAAAUGAGGUUAGCUUUGUAAACAGUCUAUGUCCUGCCUGUCUUUUGUUGAUUCUCAGACUUAAUAUCAGGUAUUUAUCAACUAGUCUCAAUUUCCUGAACACAUUGACUGUACAUCUGUUGUCACCAUUUAUCUCCCUGCUUCAAAAUGUGCAGAUUCCACUCCAUAAUAACCCUGGAUCAGAUCAAUAAAUUGAAUUUUCCAUUCUUUAGGGCAGCUGUACUCAUGGUUUUAAGUAAAGAAUCUUGAAUAAGAAUGUUGACAGCACUCACAGUAAGCCAUUGGCAGAAACCUGAUCCGCAUGUCCUAGACCCAUGUUUAGAAGCUGUUGGAUGGACUGGGAGCUCAGCAGGUCAUCACUUCUUCCCUUGGCACUCAUGAGAGAAAUGCCAAGUUCAGGGUGAACAUUUCUUGGUGCUAUAGGGAGAAAUGGAGUUUGUGUGCUUACUGAGGAGUCCCAAAAGGCAGGGACAAUUUUCAGUUAUUACCAACAUAAAUAUUCUCCACCAUUCAAGAUGCUCAUGUACAGGGCUCCUUGAGGAACUUAAGUAUUGGAGGAGGGUGGAAGGUGCCAAGUCCACCUUAAUUAGAUGACCACUUUCUCCCCUUUUUAACACCUGCCAUCUCUCACCAGUGUUUCCCAUGGUCUUUACCCUUCCAAGGUUGAAAGCAACCCAGUUUUGCUUAAACCCGCUCAGUCUAUAAGAUUAAAAGUGUACAUUGUUCUAUAUAGGCAGAAUGCUAGAGGUUUUAUAUCUGCUAGAGUAUCCUCAACCACCUCCUUUUUGUAGAGUAACACCCACUAGAACUGAUUUAAGAACACUGUCUGCAUUUGAUUUAUGCUUAAAAUCCAAGGUAUCACCACAUAUUGGAGGCUGGUCUUUCAAGAGUCCUUGAAUUCUGAGCUGAGACCUUUACAAGAGUUUGGCAGGGAAGACGCCUGGGUUUUUAAUUCAGAAUCCUAUUUAUAUACUGUUAAAAUUUGAGGUACUAUAGUUUAUAUAAAAGUUGGAUAUUUACAUAUUAUAUUUCAGUACUAGGAGCUUCUUUUUUUUUGCAGCCAUUAACAUGACAAAUUAAAUAAUAAAUAUAAUGAAUAUGAUUGUCAAUAAAUUAUCAUAUUGAAUUUUUUGUUUAUUUUGUAGUGUUUCUGUAUUUAUCUGCACUUUGUGUAUAUAUUUACACACAUACAUAUGCCACAUGUAAAUAACCUCAUGUCAUUUCUAAUCUAAAUUGCCACAAUGUCUUUAAUGUAUGUUUACACUGUGUUUUAAAUUACUUUAAAAAUAAACUAUGUAAGCACGUUUUAAAUUA